AUGGCCCGUCCAAAGAUCCUGCUGCUAGGCGAAAUAGAGCACGCCCACGACGCCUGGAAAGCCGUCACCGAUGCCGCCGACAUCGUCGAGCCCAAGGCAACCAACAGAGAUGAAUUCCUGGCCGAGUGCAAGAGCGGCGCCUUCGACGGCGUGUCCGCCAUCUACCGCACCGGCGAGUCGGCCGCCAUCACCGGCAAUGUCGACGUCGGUUUCCUAGAUGCUCUCCCCAAAAGCAUCAAGUUCAUCUGCCACAGAGCCGCCGGCUACGACCAAAUCGACGUCGACGCCUGCACGGCCCGCGAGAUCUGCGUCUCCAACGUCCCCACGGCCGUCAACGACGCCACCGCCGACACGAAC